AUGAACACGACAAACGACUUGCUUUUUCCCAUCGUUCGCGUUUUCGGUAACACUACAGCAAACUGGACUCAUGAUCGAAACGAAACUUCUUCUGAAGGGACAAAUUCUUUAACCACUGAGAUGGAGUCUGUGGUUUCGAAAGCUUUCAAAGUUUUAGCUUACGCAGUUGCUAUCAUUCUAUCCCUCGUUGGCAAUUCUCUGACUAUCGGUUCAGUUUAUCAGAACUCGAGCAGGCGAAUGCGAACUGUAAAUAAUUACCUUAUAGUUAACCUCUGCGUCGCCGAUUUGCUCAUCACAGUCUGCAACAUGCCUAGGAUGAUAUCCAUUGUGUUGGUCGGUUUUGAGUGGCCCAUCGGUGGAACGUUUGGUCUCCUUCUGUGUAAGAUCAACAGCUCAGUCCCAUUUGUGUCCCUGCUAGUCUCUACUUUGAUAUUUACCUUUAUCGCGCUGGAUAGGUUCUUGGCAGUAGUCUUUCCUCUCAGACGUCCUAUGACAAAACGAGCGGUGGCAGUAAUAAUAACAGUGACUUGGAUCCUACCAUGCUGUUGCUACUAUCUACUAUUUCGCUACUCUGAUCUUAUUGAAAUACAAGGAAAAACGUACUGCGCUAAUUUCCUUAUAAGAGACCUUUUGAAAACAAUGGAUAACUACCGAACAUACUUAAUUUGCGACUUUAUUUUCGUCACGGGCAUUCCUAUCACUACGACAACAGCCUUGUACACUGCCAUCGGGGUGAAAAUGUACACCAGAGAAAACCCUGGGAUUCAGACAGCCUCCAGCACCGCUCGUAACCGUACGGUCAAUAGGAAAGUGAUCGCCAUGCUCGUGACGGUGGAAAUCGUCUUUUGCAUUUGUUGGUUUCCCUCUUGGCUUGCUCUUGUAUGUAUUAGCCCACAACCACUUCAAACCAUCUGUAACAGCGCUACUUUUCAUUUCGUGAGGUACUUCAUGUCGUACUCUAACAGUGCCAUUACACCAUAUAUCUAUCCAAUUUUUAAUCAGAACUUUCGAGCUGGAUACGUGCAAAUUGUUAACCAGGUUCUGAGUUGUUGCUGUGGAAGAAUGUGCCCCAGAGUCGCCACUAAUCAGGUCUUUCCUCUGCAGGAAAGAACAACUACUCAUUUCAGACGUGGAAUGCGUACUUUGAACACAACUCGGAUUUAA